AUGAAGAAUGACACUCUUUUUUUUUCUCACUCUGUUGUGGAAUUCCUACAAUUAUGGGGAUCAGAUCACAUAUCAGUCCUGGCACGAAUCCAGUCGCGUGUUAGGAGGACGAGGAAGAAUUUCCGGUUUGAUAAGAGAUGGAUCGGCAAGCCGGGAUUUAAAGAAGCGGUUCUCCCGGGAUGGGGACAAUUUGAUGAGAUCCCAAUGAGGAAUUUUCAUCAAAAGGUUACCUCAUGUCGAAACAAAAUUAGCUCUUGGAGAAAGCAAAACCCGACUAAUUCCGCUUUAUUGAUUAAGGAUUUAAAAAAUAAGAUAGAUUUGGCCCAAGAUGACGAUCUCACCACUACAGAAGAACUAGACGAUUUGAGAAGACACCUUAUUGUGGCAUUUCGAGAAGAAAACUCUUACUGGGAACAAAAGAGCAGAGACCAAUGGCACAGAGAUGGGGACAGGAACACAAAAUUUCAUCAUGGAAUUACGAAACAACGGAGAGCCCAAAACCGGAUAAUUAGUAUAAAAGACAAACAUGGAAAGCUGGUAGAGAGUGAAAUCGAGGUGGAGAACGUGGCUGUUCAAUACUUUCGAGAUCUCUUCUCUACCUCUUCACCGACAGAGCUAGAUGCCUCUCUCCGAUUCAUCUCGACCAAGGUAUCUAGCACCGACAAUAGGCUACUCUUGGAGGAACCGUCGGAGCUGGAAAUUAGGAGAGCUCUUUUUGAUAUCAAUCCGGACAAAGCACCUGGCCCAGAUGGUAUGACAAGCAGACUAUACCAGAGGUUCUGGCGGGAAAUGCGGCACGAUAUUAUUAGCCUUGUCCGCGAUUUCUUUGCUACUGGCAAUUUCGACCCACUACUGAACCAAACAAAUAUCUGCCUCAUCCCAAAGAAGAAGAAACCCCGUGAGAUGACUGAGUUCAGACCCAUUAGCCUCUGUAAUGUCAGUUACAAGAUUAUAUCCAAACUUCUAUGCAAGAGACUUAAGAGGAUUAUCCCGCGCUUGAUCUCGGAAACACAAUCUGCCUUCGUGGCAAAACGUUUGAUCACCGAUAACAUUUUGAUAGCUCAAGAAAACUUUCAUGCCUUACGGACAAACCAGAGAUGCAGAGAAGACUUCAUGGCUAUCAAAACAUAUAUGAGUAAAGCUUACGACAGAGUGGAGUGGAACUUCCUAUCAGCAUUGUUGUUAAAGAUGGGCUUUGAUGAAAGACUGGUUGACCUCAUUAUGUGUUGUGUCACGUCAGUCUCAUAUCAAGUCUUAGUCAACGGGCAACCAAGGGGACGGAUCCAACCGAUGAGGGGGCUAAGGCAGGGAGAUCCUCUAUCGCCUUUUCUGUUUAUCCUAUGCACAGAGGCCUUGAUCACACUUCUUAAUGGAGCGGAGGCGGAGAAGAAGAUUGUAGGGCUUCGUGUUGCUAGAGCGAGCCCAAGGAUCUCUCAUCUUCUUGUCGCAGAUGACAGCCUUUUCUUCUGCAAGGCGGAAUUAAGCCAAUGCAAGGAGAUCAUGGACAUUCUUGACAUAUAUGGAAAGGCAUCGGGACAACGGCUAAAUGCGUCGAAAUCGUCGAUGUUUUUUGGAAACAAAGUGGAGCCUUCCCGAAAGCAAGACAUAAAAGAAGUUUUAGGUUUCUCUAAAGAAGGUGGCAUGGGGAUGUACCUCGGAUUACCAGAACAGAUAGGUGGCUCGAAGAUGAAAGUGUUCUCUUUUGUACAAGAUCGCUUUAACGGGAGAGUCAACACCUGGUCAUCAAGACUACUAUCCAAAGAGGGAAAAGAAGUUCAAAUUAAAUCAGUUGCUCAAGCAGUUCCGACUUAUGUGAUGUCGUGUUACUUGCUCCCACAAGGCAUUACAGAUAAACUAAGGAGUACGACGUCGAACUUUUGGUGGAGCUCUAAAGAAAAUAGCAGAGGCUUACAUUGGAUCGCAUGGGACGAGAUCUCUCGCGUCCUUCGAGGAAGAUACUAUAAUGGUACUUCUCCCUUAGAAGAUCGGCGUAUAUACUCACCAUCAUAUGGAUGGCGUAGUAUGAUGGCCGCCAAACCCCUUCUCAUGUCGGGAUUACGGAAAACAAUUGGAACUGGACAAGGUACGAGGGUUUGGAGUGAGCCUUGGGUUCCAGAUUCCACGGCACGUCUGCCUAGACCUGCCGAUCACAUUGUGUACAGACUGCCCCAACUCCUUGUUCAGUCCUUUAUAAGGAAUGAUACCAAGGAGUGGGAUAUCCAGCUGUUACAUCAAUUCUUCCACCCAGACGAUAUCCCAUUGAUACUUGGACUAAAGAUCUCUCGAUCUAGCGUCCCGGAUGGAUAUGUUUGGAACCACACAAAGUCUGGAGUUUAUUCCGUAAAAACCGGAUAUGAUUUAUUUAGUUCGACCAAGUUGAGCCUUACGCAAGAGAUGGUUUUAGAACCAAGUAUCACGAGGCUGCAGAGCAAGGUGUGGACGAUUAAGGCCCCAAGUAAAAUGAAGCACUUCUUGUGGCAGGCUAUCUCGGGCUGUGUGGCGACAGCAGAGAGGCUCACAUAUAGACACCUGGGCACCGAUAGGAGUUGUCCUAGAUGUGAUGGUCCAGUGAAGUCAAUUAAUCACCUCCUUUUUGAAUGCCCCCCAGCCCUACAGGUGUGGGCUUUAUCGGACUACCCGUCCCUUCCGGGUUACUUCCCGUGUACAUCGAUCUACCAAAACAUGUAUCUCCUGUUUUGGACGAGCAAAGAGGUGGCUCCCUUGCGACCACAAUUCGAUACCUUUCCAUGGAUCUGUUGGUUUAUUUGGAAGGCUAGGAAUGACAAACUCUUCAAUGGGAAAGACAUAUCCCCCAUGGACACCCUUCGACAUGCAUCCCUCGAGGCGGAAUGUUGGAGGAAGGCUAAUGAAAAGGAGGAGGAAAUUGAAGAGACCGAUGAUCUCCCCGAUAUAGUAGUUGAGACAAUGCCCCCUUGGAUCUCCCGAAUCCCUACUUGUCAAAUUGAUGCAUCAUGGAUCAAUAAUGGCAACGUUAGUGGCUUAGGGUGGAGUCUCAAGGAUCAAACGGGCAUUGAAUACUUUGGUCUACGGGCGUGCAAUAGGAGCCUUUCAGCUCUACAUGCUGAGAUGGAGGGCUUACUUUGGGCAGCCUCAUGUUUCUUCCCUGGCUAUUUCGAGGAGUCGGGAGAUAGGUGCACCUCGUCGUUUUUGAUCAUGCUCGUGGAUGGAUUUGGUCUGAGAUGGAUGAACUUCCUUUCCUUUAUUGAUAACAUCGUGGACUCUUUUUUCGGGAGCUCUACGUUGGUUUCCUAUCAGGUCAAGACUUUUUGGAGACGCCGGAGUGAGUUGAUGCGUGUAUACGGAAAAUUGGGCUCCUCGAUAGUGGCUGAGAUUAGGUCUUUAACUUCUGUAGAAGUGUGUAAGUUCUUCCUGAGUGGUUGGAUCUCCUACUCGACUUCAGUGGGCAAGCUAGGCAUUGGUGAAAAGAUCGAUGGCACUGAUUUCAUGUUGUAUAGCCAAGGUCUUCUAAAUAUUGCAUUGAAUGGGAGGUCGAUCUAUAACGAUGAACUCGAUGAUCUUUUUGACUUAUCCUGCAAUAACUGCGAGCUUGAUCAAUCUGAGGGAGUAGGUCAUUUCUCUAGCGAAGCCGAUUAG